GGUAUAUAAGGGCUUGCGCUGCUUAUGGACUUACAACGGUUUUUUUAGAAUCUCUGUAUCAUACGAGUCAUUAGGGUGCCACGACGGUUGCUGCAAACUCUCGUAAAAUGUAUUUCAAGACGUUCUCCUUUUACUUGAUGUCCAUCGUUUUGGGGGGUUUUGCUGCUCCAUUACUUGAUGGGCUUUUAGGUUCAAACGGUUUGACUAGUGAUCCAUCUAAUUUAGCCCACCAAGUUACGGGGAACUCUCCAGUUGAUGUCUCGGCUGCCCUAAAUAAUGCUCAAGGACUGACCACCAGAGCUCUUCCCGGCCUUGACAUCUUGAAUGGUGUUACAUCUAAUGUACCCCAAGGAGUUACGGGUAACGUUCCAGUUGACGUCUCAGAUGCCUUAAAUAUCGUUCAGGGACUGGCCACUAGAGCUCUUGGCCUUGACAUCUUGAAAAGUGACCCGACGAAUGUAGCCCAAGAGGUUGUUGGCAACUCUCCAGUUGACGUCUCUGGUGCCCUAAAUAUUGCUCAGGGACUGGCAACAAGAGCUCUUCCCGGCCUUGACAUUUUGAAUGGUGCUUCAUCUAAUCUACCCCAGGAGGUUGUGGGUAACUCUCCAGUUGACGUCUCUGGUGCUCUAAAUAUUGCUCAGGGACUGGCAACAAGAGCUCUUCCCGGCCUUGACAUUUUGAAUGGUGCUUCAUCUAAUCUACCCCAGGAAGUAAUGAAUAAUGCUCCAGCAGACCCAUCAAACGUUCUAAACAUGGUACAGGGACUGGCCACAAGAGCUCUUCCUGGCCUUAACAUAUUGAAUGGUGACUUAACCAAUUUACCGCAGGAAGCUUUGGCCAACGUUCCCACUGAUAUUCUCCCUAAUGGAACCGUCGAUGUCCAAGGACUGCUCACCAGGGGUCUGAACAACGGAAACCAAGCUAGGAAACCAAACAAACAAGGAGGUCAACCUCAGUCCUUUGGACCCCUAGGGGGAAACCUACAGAGCUUCAAUGGGCUGUUGAGAAACGGUCAGGGCUCUGGCACGAGAGUAUAAGCCAUAGUAAUACAAGUGCACUACAAUAACUUCAUCGUGAUAACUUAAAGUCUAAAUGUUAUUGAGAUGCAAAUGAAAAAAAAGUUUGGGGCAGAAGUUCACUUAUUUUGUCAUUUUUAGUGGGACUUGAGGUAAGAUUCAACGCUAUGAUCUACUUUUAUUAGAAAUUUGGCAAAAAUAAAUAAAUGAAUAAAAUUAUACUUUGAGGAAAAGAA